ACAGCUCUACUUCGCACACUCCACCGGACCGUCGCUGGAUAAAACACCCUAAUGCGCGAUCCUUGACUCGACGUGUCAUCCAAAUAUCCGUCCGGGGAUGCUUUGUCCACCAUCACGGUGGAAACGCUCUGACCUCCGCACUCUUCUAUCCCUCCGUGCCCGUCGCGGAGUAUACCAAUCAGGCAUAUCCGAUUGCUUUGUCUUCGAUGUGGACCCACAAGCACCCAAAUCCGGAAACUGUCCUCGUAUCGCGGUCCACGCUGCGGACCGGACUGGGCUCGUGGAUGUGACACCCACGUGUCAGCGGCCUUUGUGCCAAACGUAUAAAUGGACUUCGAUAUGCGGCCCUCUUUCGCCCAACCGCGACUCCCCCUCCUCCUCUCUCCCCACCUCUAGGCUACCUCCCGCCCACGUCUCUUGCCCACUCGCUAUAUGGCUCUUUCCUCAAGUGGUCCACCUUGUCAGCCGCGCCAAGCCCUGUGUACCCGACCACCGUAUGGACGCCACUCGUCGACAAAGGGCGCGCGUCAUCGCGCACAAAGACCGACGCCCGUGUCGCGCUGGAGCUUCGCCGUCGGUCCCUGCCAGCCACACGCGACCUCGAGUGGCGUUCAUCGACUGUCAGCCUGCGCCACCGACGCGUCGCGAGUUCGACCAGCCGCCCUGUCAGCCGCCGUGAUACUUAAGGCGCCUGCCCUCUGGACUGUGUACGUUUCUUUUGUCUGUCUUGUCCCCGUCUGCGCCUGCUCCGCCUGUCCGACCUGCUGCGUCCG